CCUCUUCGUCCUCUUCUGUUAAUCUCUCUCUCUCUCUCUCUCUCUCUCUGCUUAUCAAAACGGAAAAAUGGAUACUCCUGGGAACUUGAAGACAUCAAGCUCCGAAUUAGACCUGGAUCGUCCCAACAUCGAAGACUACCUUCCUUCCGGAUCCUCCAUUCAGGAGCCUAUUGGCAAGCUUCGCUUGCGUGAUUUGCUUGAUAUUUCACCUACUCUCACAGAAGCAGCUGGUGCCAUUGUUGAUGACUCAUUUACACGAUGUUUCAAGUCAAAUCCUCCAGAACCGUGGAACUGGAAUGUGUAUUUGUUUCCCCUUUGGUGCUGUGGUGUGGUGAUUCGAUAUGGGAUUUUGUUCCCUGUCAGGGUUCUGGUACUGGCAAUUGGGUGGAUCAUUUUUCUUUCAUCCUACAUUCCAGUGCAUUUGCUGUUGAAAGGGCAAGACAAACUGAGAAAAAAGAUAGAGAGGAGUUUGGUGGAGGUAAUUUGUAUGUUUUUUGUUGCAUCAUGGACUGGAGUUGUCAAGUACCAUGGACCGAGACCUAGCAGGCGGCCUAAACAGGUUUUUGUGGCCAACCAUACUUCCAUGAUUGAUUUCAUCAUCUUAGAACAGAUGACACCAUUUGCUGUGAUCAUGCAGAAACACCCUGGUUGGGUUGGACUUUUGCAAAGCACUAUAUUAGAGAGUGUAGGAUGUAUCUGGUUCCAUCGUUCAGAGGCUAAGGAUCGUGAAAUUGUAGCAAAGAAAUUAAAGGAUCACGUUCAGGGAGCUGAUAAUAACCCUCUUCUCAUAUUUCCUGAAGGAACUUGUGUAAAUAACCACUACACUGUGAUGUUUAAGAAGGGUGCGUUUGAACUAGACUCUACUGUUUGUCCAAUUGCGAUCAAGUACAAUAAAAUUUUUGUUGAUGCCUUUUGGAACAGCCGAAAGCAGUCCUUCACAACACAUCUGCUGCAGCUGAUGACAUCCUGGGCUGUUGUUUGUGAUGUAUGGUACUUGGAGCCCCAAAAUCUGAGACCUGGAGAGACUCCCAUUGAGUUUGCAGAGAGGGUUAGAGGCAUUAUAUCUGCGCGAGCAGGUCUGAAAAAAGUUCCUUGGGAUGGAUAUCUGAAAUAUUCUCGCCCUAGCCCAAAACAUAGAGAGCGCAAGCAACAAAGUUUUGCUGAGUCAGUACUACGGAGUCUGGAGGAGAAGUGAUGUAUAUUCUUCUUUUCAUUUGUUGUAUUUAUCCCAGAGAUUGCUUCCCACGCUCCCGCUCCCGCUCCCGCUCCCAUUUUAUUGUUCACAUGUAGAAUUUGUGUUUUAUCAACAGUUGUGCUGUGGGUAUCAGAGAGAAGCAAACUUUUGAGGAAAUUGCAUACUUGUCACUUUCUAGGUUUCUCCCCAGAAAAUGAGCCAAAAUGUUGUGAAAA